CGGGAAAAGGCCAAUCACGAAUGCGCCUAUGUGUGCGUAUACAUGACCUUAAGCUGUGCCGUCAUAUCAAGACAUUGACUGAAUGAAACUGGGUCUAUGGACCAUUUCGCGAUAAAUCGCCGUCACCGCCUCAUUCCGAUCGAGACACCAGUCCACAUCCCCGCCCACUAUGGGUUCAUCUUUGUGUAUGUUGAACCAGAAGACCGCUGAUAUCAGGGGGAAGUCAUGCAGACUGCCAUAGACCUGCUGCAGCCAGGCCGACUUGAUGUCAAUCUGCAGAAGUGCAUGAGCAUGAUGACAGAAAGAACGGAUUAGCAUCCGCCAUCACGUGUGUACCUCAGAUGCGCCUGCGCGGCCAGUGUGGAAAAGCGACGACGUUUCAGAGACCAUCAUCGGCUUGUUCAGCCGAGCAGCAACCUCGUUGUAGAAUUGGCCAACAGCACGGUAAAAUUUUCCUCGCUGAGAGACAGAGACAGAGAGAGAGAGAGAGAGAGAGAGGGGAAAACAAGAGAAAAGGAUGAAGAUCACAUUUCCACUAAUACGGACUUGCGCUACCUACCUGUGGAAUGACGUUGCACCCAAGUGCUCCUGCGCUGUCACAAUCGCCCCAAUGAUAAUAACUGCAACAGCCGACAGGCAUGCAAGCAGUGAGAGUGACGAACGAAGGGUCAGCGUCAGGGAGGGCACUCUCACCUCAUACCAAUCCAAUCAACCUAAACACACAGGCUGACUAUCUCUUUUUCUCACUGCAUGUGGCAGCUCUCUGUCUCUCACCGUGUCUGACGAGUUGGGGAAGAACUGCCAGUAGGGGUCUUCGCGGCCAACACUCGGAUUGGAGUACUUCUCUCCUGGCCAUGGAAAGCCUAAUCUGUUCGUGCAGCCCACUCAGAUAGACGACGAGUGGACGAAAGACAUCCAGAGGUGUCUCUGUUGACGUACUCGUAAUUGGGCGUCCACACCAUCGCGACGUGUGUCGUUCGAGCCUGCGUGACGAGCAGAAUCCAGGACGGGAGUCGUGAAGGUAGAGAUGGGACCCCACCUUGAUGAUUCGCGAGAACUCCUCAAACUUGCUCUUGUAGAGGGCGGGUUGCUGACCCCUGAUUGAUCGAUCGACGGAACGGAGAGACAGAAUCAGUUUGCGCGUGCCCUGUGAUCCGAUCAGUGCCUCGCUCACCAUGAGUACCAACUGAAAAAACAAGAAUGCCACCAAAAAGAAGCCGCAGAUGUAACCUUCAUUUGCCGAGCGGCUGCCGUGGGCUGCGUUGCGUACCUUCCGUUCAUCUCGUGAUUGAAACGGAGCCAGAUGGGUACUGAGUCCGACCAAAUGUUGAGGAAGUCUGCGAAAUCAUUGAUUUGCUGGACGCUGUAUGAGUGCAGCCCUACAACAAGCACACACAAUGGGCCGCCGCGGGGCUUUCAUGUGCCAGGCGUACCGCCGUCUGUCAUGACGGUCAGCGCGGCCAUCGCACCGUUCUCCUUGCACUCGGUAAGAAAGUCUGAGACGGACGCAUGUUCUUCGUGAGUGUCAUUCACCGCCUCGGGGAACUUGAUGAAGUGCAAAAAUGCCGCAUGCCUGCGCCGUGCUCAUACACGCUUCUCAUCCUCUCUCUCUCUCUCUCUCUCUCUCUGUGAGUGUGUGUGCCAGGUGUGUGUGAUUACCUCACUUGUGUGCGGGCGUUGAAAGCGGAUUGUGUCUGUCCCGUUUGCACCCCACGACAGAUACGAACAGCGGGUUGCCAUGUGACUGCCCUGCGUACCCACCUCCGGUGGCUGCAGGAUGCCUCCCAAGUAGACGCCAUUCGCUCCAAUAGCAUUCGCUGCAGAUGGCGGUCCCACUUGGGCCUGGCCACGCACACCAAAACGACCAGCACCAACAGCAACAAUGUCAACAGCGUCGGCGGCCUCAACACCAUCCAGCGGCGGUGCUGUUGGGACGAUGAUCGUGUCGCCUUCGUCUUGGCCACGCACGAAAAGCCCCUCGUACCAAUAACACAGGAGGAACACAGGCAGGCAGCGCAGCGACAUCGCGCAGAAGGCUACCGAGCGUGCCCAAAUAUACA